GAUCGUCUUGUGGAGAGUAUUGCGGGCAAGCCACAGAUAAGCCUAAAAAAUUAUCCUAGCAUUGUUUGCCCCGGACCAAUCCAUUCCCCAACCAUGACCCCAUCAAUCAGAUAGUCCAACGCUCAUCGAGAAAAAUGUUCCUCAUUCCUCAUUCUUUUCUCCGAUACGGCAAUUCAAGACAAGGUGCAAGAUACAAACAUGCAUAAAUGAAGCACCAUGAUGGGCUUAUCGGAGAGAACCAUGAUAGAUGAGAUAUCGAUAGCAGAUUGACAGAGAGAUUGCUAUCAGAUACUAAUGACAAGAUAGAAAUUCAUAUCUAUAUCAGCUUUUGUACCUCAAACACAUCCCACACUACAUUCCUAGUUAGCUAAGUCAAUAUCAUUUGACGAGGGAAAAGUCUAACAUGGCUAUUCCACAACCACCCCGGCAGUUGUAAUGUUGCAUCAAAAGUUGCGUUCCCCCCAUCCAGCUUCUUCUCAUACCCGUCAAUAAGAUCCCGAUAAGGCAUGGAUUUCUUGCAAGAUGUUCUGGAUGAGUUAUAAAUACCUUGGGUUGUAUCCUCGGUCAUAUGUCUCUCCACUCCCUAAUCAACAGUACAACAUAUCUUGGAAGUUACCAUUGCCUUGUUCCAAAGCUGUGGUAUUGGAAAUCUUCACCUCGAGUAUCCGCAUUUCAUUCUGAGGAACAAGAUGAAAGAAGAAGGGAUUGUGGGAAAAGUCUUCCCUCCAGGUGUGGCUGAAGAUGCUGCCCUAGAGAAUAUGGGUUAUCGUCCGGAGCUCAAGCGAUCAUUCGGUCUUUUGGGAAUGAUUGGUUUCUCCUUCUCCAUUGUUACGAGUUGGAGUGCCCUCGGUGGUGUGCUUGUCACAGGUGUCAAUGCUGGUGGUCCACCGGUAAUGAUUUGGGGCUGGGUAGGCAUCAGUCUUGUCUCCCUUUGCGUCGUCUAUUCCAUGGCCGAAAUGUGCUCUGAGUAUCCCGUUGCCGGAGGUCAAUACUCAUGGGUCUACAUUCUCUCACCGAAAUCGGUGAGGAGACAAUUCUCCUAUCUUACGGGAUGGUUUAUGAUCAUCGGUAUUCUUGCCAUGGGCGCAACGAACAGUUUCAUCGGCGCGAAUUUCAUCCUAGGUCAAGCGAAUCUCGUUAAUCCAUCAUACGUAAUUGAGAGGUGGCACACGGUCUUGGUAGCCUACGCAGUCACUCUCAUUGCAACAUUCAUCAACCUAUGGGGAUCGAAGAUUCUUGACAAGGUAUCUACAGUUGCGCUUGUCUUCAACAUCGCAUCGUUUAUUGUGACGGUUGUCACAAUCUUGGCAUGCAACACCAACAAACAAAGCGCUAGUUUUGUCUUUCAAGACUUUCAGAACUUUACUGGCUUUGGGACGGCUAUGGCUGGUAUUAUUGGAAUAUUACAGCCGGCGUUCGGUAUGUGUUGUUACGAUGCACCAUCCCACAUGACUGAGGAACUGAAAGAUGCUUCCAAAGAAGCCCCUCGCGCAAUGGUUCUAUCCGUCUACAUUGGAUCCAUCACAGGGUUUAUCUUCUUGAUCGCUGUCUGCUUCUGCGUUGGCGAUAUCGAUGCUGUUGCCAACACAGCUACUCUUGUACCUCUCAUUCAGAUCUACGCCGAUUCAACCAAUAGUCACAUCGCAGCAUGCUUCCUAGCAUCCAUGAUUGUAGUCAUCAACGUCGCAUCUUCCAACGCACUGCUUGCGGAAGGAAGUAGAAGUCUUUAUGCAUUUGCUAGAGAUCAUGGACUUCCAUUUUCGAGCCAAAUCAGUAAAGUGAGCGCUAAGCAUCAAGUUCCCGUUGUGGCUAUUAUUAUUGGGAGUAUAGUCCAAAUGGCAUUUAACAGCAUUUACUUUGGCACUGUAACAGGGUUUAACACUGUAAUCGCCAUUGCGACCGAGGGGUUUUACCUCUCGUACGCUAUGCCUCUUCUCGUGCGCAUAAUAUCUCAUGCCAACGGAUCGCAUCGACAACUUACGGGUCCAUGGGCGAUGAGACCAGUUGUCUCGUUACUAGUUAACGGGGUUGGCCUGGCGUAUUUACUUUUCGCAUGUAUUACUUUUAAUUUCCCAUCGGUGUAUCCGGUUACGAGCGAGAACAUGAAUUAUACGUCAGCGGCCAUCGGAGUGAUUAUGAUGAUAGCGGCAGGGACUUGGUGGACGACUGCUCGAAAGAGGUUUUCCGGACCAGAGAUUGAGGUUGUAGAUGUGGUGACGGGAGUGGAGAGGACGGAUUCGGAUGAGAUGAGUAGAAGGGAAAAGAGGGAGGAGAAAAAGAGUGGGUGAGUGGAAGGAGGAGAGAGAUCUGGUGAUGACAUUGACGAAUGAUCAGAAAGAGGCGAUGCCAGGAAAUGGACGAGCCAACUUUUGGCGCAUUUAGAACUUUCUGUAUGUCUGAUUGACGUGGACUAAUUCAUGAAUGUUGAUGCCCAAUACUUAGACACUUGAGAUCGCUUCUCGCGCCAUCAACAUUAUUUACAUCAUAUCUUGGAUUGAUUUUGACCCGUGACCUUGUCAUAGGGUACGAUGGAAAUAGAAACAAAUCUUACAUUUCGAAACGUUAAUGCGAUCAGAUAUUACUCCAUAUUUUGAUUGGACCAGACGAUUUA